GUGGAUGGGAGGGAGGUUCGGUGCUUACCUGGGGCACCUCCUCCGGCAGCGGCUCCUAGGCGGGGCAGGCCGGGGGUCUCCUUGUGUUGCUGUCCCCAGGCACCACCCCUGCAGCUUCCCAUUGGCCACAGGGACAUUUGGGCCAGGGGCUGCUGCCCCCGCCCCCAUGGGUUGCAAGGACGUGCGGGCAGCCACGUGGAAUGAGCGCACAAGAAGCCGCUCAGCCCGGCUGUUUUAAAUUGCCCGGGGGCAGCAGCUCCAGCUGCUGGAACUGCUAUACAGUACAGUACUUCAGUUUUCAUUCUUUUAAAGAAAGUUUCUAGCCGUCCUGAUGAGGAAGCAGGUGCACUGUGAAGGCACAGACAUCUUUUAUCAUGAAUUAGAUUUGCAGUGAAUCCUCCAAGAAAUGGCCACACAACUCAGACCAGCCAGUAAGAAAUGCACCGUGAUAGGUGGCUCAGGAUUCUUAGGCCAACACAUGGUGGAGAGGCUGCUGGAGAAAGGCUACACAGUCAAUGUGUUUGAUAUCCAAAAGGGGUUUGAGAAUGAUAAAGUGCAGUUUUUCCUGGGAGAUCUCUGCAGUAAAAAGGACCUGUUCCCAGCUCUACAAGGUGUGACAGUGGCUUUUCACUGUGCUUCACCAGCACCUUCCAGUGACAACAGGGAUCUGUUUUACAAGGUGAAUUUUAUGGGGACCAAAACUGUCAUUGAAGCCUGCAAAGAAGCUGGGGUUCAGAAACUGGUGUUAACCAGCAGUGCCAGUGUAGUCUUUGAGGGCACAGACAUCAAGAAUGGAACAGAAGACCUCCCUUAUGCAAAGAAGCCCAUCGACUAUUACACAGAGACCAAGAUCCUGCAGGAGAAGGAAGUGUUAAAUGCUAAUGACCCAGAUGAUAAUUUCUUCACAACGGCCAUUCGCCCUCAUGGGAUAUUUGGUCCCAGGGACCUCCAGCUGGUUCCCAUCCUCAUUCAGGCAGCUAAGAGUGGCAAAAUGAAGUUCAUGAUUGGGGACGGGAAGAACCUAGUAGACUUUACCUUUGUGGAAAAUGUGGUCCAUGGGCACAUACUAGCUGCAGAGCAUCUUCAUAAAGACUCGCCCCUGUGUGGGAAGGCAUUUCACAUCACAAACGAUGAGCCAGUCCCUUUCUGGUCAUUCAUGUCUCGUAUCUUGACUGGCUUGAACUAUGAUGCACCCAAAUACCAAAUACCCUAUUGGGUGGCAUAUUACUUAGCCCUCUUACUGUCUCUGGUGUUGCUGCUGCUGAGUCCACUCAUCACGAUCAAACCUACCUUCACCCCUAUGCGGGUAGCAUUAGCUGGGACAUUCCAUUACUACAGUUGCAAGAGGGCCAAAAGGGACAUGGGCUACAAGCCGGUGGUGAGCCUGGAUGAAGCAGUGGAGAGGACUAUCCAGAGCUAUUCCCACCUACGCCGGGCCAAGUAAGGAGACCCAGAGAAAUCCCUCUAGCUAAUAAAUUUAACAAGGGCAUUGAAGAGACCCGAAUUCUCUGGACAGAUGAACCUUUCUUCAAGCCUCUCCUAGGGAUAACGAGUUUCUCUGGAUUGAAGGACUUCAUCCUGUAGUUGUACUAACAGCCCGUACCUCUCUGUGACUGCUUUGUGUGACAGCCUGUUCUAAAAUAGCUAUUGGCUGCUACUCUGUUUGAAUAAACACCCUAAUGUUUCCUCGUAAAAUAGUGAGCUAGCACAUCCAGAUUCCAUCCCCGCUGUCUCCGCCCAUAACUUCUAUUUUGCUGCUUUGGUGACUAUGCCAGCCUUUCCUAAUGGCUGUGGAUUGAGUAACAGAAUAGGCACAGGAGGAAGUGGGCGAGCAAACUGCUGGACCACCUCUGGUUGCGGAGGACCCCUUGGUACUGGCUUCCUCCUCGUUGUCGCCAGACGAGGCUAUAGUGGGGCCCUCUCCACUGGUUCCCCAGGAUGAUGCUAAGGCACAUCAGGAGCUGUUAGAGGGUCGCUGCCAUCCUGGGCCUCUA